AACAUUGAAAAGAUGAAUUUUUUUAUACUCCUUAUAUAAUUAAAGUUUUCUUAUUCUUUUAUUUGGAUGAAUAGAAAGAGUUUGAAAAAAUCAUUCAAUAAUUCUUUUCAGUUUUUAGGACUUGGGUAAUGUUUUUGCCACCGCCUGAACACGAUUUCGAAAUCUAUGAUUUCUUUCAUAUAGAUUCCGAAGCUAAUUCAUCGGCUCCUCAUACCCUACAAAUCUAUAGAAGGUGAGUUCUAUCCUCUUCGAGCCCUAUUUACGCUCUGGCAGAUCACCCAUGGCGAGAACGAGCCACGAAGAUGAAUACCUGGAGGAUGAAUUCGUCGAUGAUGCUGUAGACGAGGAGGAGGAAGAGGAGGAGGAGGAAGAAGACGACGACGACGACGAUGAGGAGUACAGCCACGGGGGGAAAGCAGGCAGGAAGCGGACCCGAUCUGAUUUUAUAGACGAUGUUGCCGAGGAAGACGACGAGGAAGACGAAGACGAGUAUGGAGGCAGGAGGCGCAAUAAGAAGAGCGGGGGCCGUUCUUUCAGUUCUCGUAAUCUGAUAGAUGACGAGGCCCAAGUGGACAGUGAUGAGGAGGAGGAGGAAGAUGACGUCGAAGAUGGCUUCAUCGAUAAUGAUGCCGAUUUACGUGAUUCAAGAGAGAUCCACCGGCGCCCACUUCUACCCCGUGAGGACCAAGACGAUGAAGACGUCGAUGCCCUUGAAAGGAGUAUUCAGGCUCGAUACGCGAGGUCAAGUCAUGUAGAGUACGAUGAGGAGGCAACUGAUGUAGAGCAGCAAGCUCUUUUGCCAUCUGUCAGAGAUCCAAAGUUAUGGAUGGUGAAAUGUGCGAUGGGUCAUGAAAGGGAGGCUGCUGUCUGCCUGAUGCAGAAGUGCAUCGACAGGGGACCUGAGAUUCAAAUUAGAUCUGUUGUAGCACUUGAUCACCUUAAAAACUUUAUAUAUAUUGAAGCAGACAAAGAAGCACACGUGAGGGAGGCUUGCAAGGGCAUGCGCAAUAUAUAUCCAGCAAAAUUAAUGCUUGUACCAAUCAAAGAAAUGACUGAUGUCCUUUCGGUUGAAAGCAAAGCAGUUGACCUUGCCAGGGACACUUGGGUCAGAAUGAAGACAGGAAAUUAUAAAGGGGACCUUGCAAAGGUUGUAGAUGUAGAUAAUGUCAGGCAGAAAGUUACGGUGAAGUUAAUUCCGAGGAUUGACUUGCAAGCUCUUUCAAACAAGUUGGAUGGGAGGGAUGUUCCAAAGAAAAAAGCGUUCAUUCCUCCUCCACGUUUUAUGAACAUUGACGAGGCUCGGGAGAUGAAUAUACGUGUUGAGCGGAAAAGGGAUCCAAUGACGGGUGACUAUUUUCAAUAUAUUGGGGGAAUGAUGUUCAAAGAAGGGUUUUAUUAUAAAACAGUGUCUAUGAAAUCAAUUAGCACUCAUAAUAUUCAGCCAAGUUUUGAUGAACUUGAGAAAUUUCGUCAACCUGGUGAGAGAGGGGAUGGCGACAUGGCUGGUUUGUCAACUCUGUUUGCGAAUAGGAAGAAAGGUCACUUUAUGAAGGGUGACCGCGUCAUUGUUGUUAAAGGGGAUUUGAAGAACCUGCAGGGAUGGGUUGAAAAAGUUGAGGAGAACACGGUUCACAUCCGACCGAAUGAAAAGAACCUUCCAACAACUCUUGCAGUUGGGGACAAAGAGCUUUGCAAGUACUUUGAACCUGGAAAUCAUGUGAAAGUUGUAUCUGGUGCAUCUGAAGGUGCAACUGGUAUGGUGGUUUCAGUUGAGGGGCAUCUGGUAAACUUAGUGUCUGAUACCACUAAGGAACUUAUCUGUGUGUUUGCUGACACUGUUGUGGAAAGUUCAGAAGUAACGUCUGGUGCCACCCGAAUUGGGGACUAUGAGCUCCAUGACCUUGUGCUGCUAGCCAAUAGGAGUUUUGGCGUGAUUAUUCGUGUAGAGUGUGAAGCUUUCCAGGUUCUCAAAGGGGUUCCAGAAAAAGCUGAGGUAGCACUUGUGAGAUUAAGGGAGAUAAGAGGCAAGGUCGAUAAAAAAUGGAGUGCACAUGAUAAGUAUAACAAUGCAUUAGCAGUGAAAGAUGUGGUCAAAGUUCUUGAGGGACCUUGUAAGGGAAAGCAAGGUCCUGUUGAACACAUAUACAGAGGUAUUGUGUUUAUUUACGAUCGUCAUCACCUGGAGCAUGCUGGUUUUAUAUGUGCCAGAGUGGAAUGUUGUGUCUUAGUUGGUGGAUCACGAGCAAAUGGCGAAAAAAAAGCUGACCCCUUUUCGUCAAGGUUUGGGAAUCUUAGAAUUCCACCUCGAGCCCCACAGUCUCCGAUGCGAUCAUACCGGGGCGGUCCUCCAAAAAAUUUUGGAGGAAGGCAUAGUGGUGGUAGAGGUAGAGGUGGUCAGGAUGCUUUAAUUGGUGCUGCUGUUAAUAUUCGCCUUGGGCCGUUCAAGGGGUGCAAAGGGAGAGUUGUUGAUUUGAAAGGAACUUCGGUUCGGGUGGAGUUGGAAGCUCAGAUGAAAGUUGUCACAGUUGAGCGUGAUUAUAUUAUGGAUGUAAAUGUCCGAGCACCUUUCAGAGAACCAUCAAGAUAUGGUUUUGGAAGUGAAACCCCGUUGCAUCCUUCACGUACCCCACUUCAUCCAUUUAUGACCCCCAUGAGAGAUCCUGGAGCAACACCUAUUAUCCAUGAUGGCAUGAGGACACCAAUGCGUGACCGAGCAUGGAAUCCAAUGAGUCCUCCUAGGGACAAUUGGGAAGAUGGCAAUCCUGCUUCUUGGGGUUCUAGUCCUCAGUAUCAGCCUCCAAGCCCUCGUUCAAGGCAGUAUGAGGCACCCACUCCAGGUUCUGGUUGGAACAACUCUUCUACGGGUAGCUAUAGUGAUGCGGGGACUCCAAGAGAUAAUAGUUCUUAUGCUAAUGCUCCAAGUCCUUACUUGCCAUCAACUCCUGGCGGGCCACCACCUAUGACCCCAAGUUCUGCAUACUUGCCUGGAACCCCUGGUGGCCAACCAAUGACUCCUGGGAGUGGCAGUCUGGAUAUGAUGUCACCUGUAGUAGGUGGAGAAGGUGAAGGGCCUUGGCUACUGACAGAUAUUGCAGUAAAUAUACGGAGGGUUGGGGAAGAGAAUGUUGUUGGGGUAAUACGGGAAGUUCAUGCGGACGGGUCUUGCAGUGUUGCCCUUGGUUCAACCGGUAACGGGGAAAUAAUCACUGCGUCCCCUAACGAAAUUGAAAUCAUUGCACCGAAGAAAUCCGAAAGAGUCAAAAUUAUGGGUGGCGGUCAGCGUGGGGCCACCGGGAAGCUUAUUGGAGUGGACAGUGCCGAUGGAAUCGUUAAGGUGGACGAUACGCUGGAGGUGAAAAUAUUAGACAUGGUUAACUUGGCCAAGUUAGUACUGUAGUUUCUUGCCAUUGCAAGAUGCCAAAUUUUUGCCAAUGGCUUUCAAUAUAUCUGCCGGCCUAGUAUAAAUUAUAUACAUAUGCAGAUUGUGUAAUAUGUAUACAUUUAUUCAUAUAUACAUCAUUUUAUUGUGUGGGAUAAUAAAUGUGUAAUCGAUUGAAAUUGGUCCUUUUAAGCUUUUUGUACACUCUCUCCGGUACCUUUUUUUUAAAAAAAUUGCAUUAAAUAGCACUAGAGUUU